AUGUCUCUAAAAAUUUUAGUUGGGACUUAUAAUGUGAAUAAACAAGACAUAGAUCAAGAUCUUACAUCCUGGUUAUUUCCAACAAAUUCAUCGAUAACAGAUAAACCAGAUAUAAUUGUAGUAGGAUUUCAAGAAUUUAAUCCCUUUCCUAAUGCAUUUUUCACUAAUAGUUCAUAUUUAAGCAACACCUCACUUUCUAGUAGUAUAACACAAGUCGGUAACAAAUCGUUUUUCCUUGGUAGUUGGAGUAAAUAUGUUAGUAAUGAAGAAGAGCGCCUUGAACAUUGUACUGGCUUGAUAGAAAGAGCAAUUUUUGUAAAUACAAAAGAAAGUUAUACAGCAUUAGUAAAAAGUACUUUUGUCGGCUUAGCAUUGUUCGUUUAUGUUAGGGACAAAAGCGUCACAAGGAGGAUUUUAAAUGUUGAAAUAGCAAAAUGUGGAGUUGGACCAUUUUGGAUUGGAAACAAAGGAGGAGUGGGGGUUAGAAUUGUUAUUAACGCGAACGCGUUUAACGAAGAGCAGGAUUAUGUGAAUGAAAAUAGAGUAAAUAAUAUAAGAGGAUUAGCAUUGUGUUUUGUUUGCGCACAUUUAUCACCGCAUAACCAUAAUACAUAUCAGCGUAAUCGAGAUUUUAAAAGUAUUUGUGAACGAUUGGUAUUUGUUAAUAACAUGUAUUCAGAGAAUACCGAUAGAGAUUCCACACAAGAACAACGAGAAGAUUGUGAAAUAAUGAUGACGAAUAUGGAAGGAGAAGAUUUAACACCAUUAUUACCGUCGUAUCAUAAUAGGCAACAGCAAUACUUUACUAUAUAUGAUUCAGAUUUUCUUUUCUUUUUCGGGGACUUGAAUUAUAGAAUUGAGUUAAAAGAACAAGAAGGUUUAAAUAACACUACUCUAACUAUCUCAGGUCUGCUUGAUAUUUUGCGAACUCGUCAAUAUCAACGAAUUAGAGCUUGUGAUCAAUUAGCAAGAGAAGUAAUUGAUGGUAGAGUAUUACAUGGAUUUGAAGAAGGAGAAUUGGAUUUCUUGCCAACUUACAAAUAUUAUGUUGGGAGUGAAAAUGAAUUUGAUGUCAGGCGACGAACACCUGGUUGGUGUGAUAGGAUUUUUUAUUAUUGGAGAAAAAGUGAUGAUACACAAAGAAGUGAUCUUAACGGAGCUGGCAGUGUUGAGCAAUCAUCACCCAUAUCACUAAUUAACUAUACGUCACAUCCUUCUUACACGUUAUCGGACCACAAACCUGUUUCUGCCUUAUUCGCCAUAACACCACAACAUGAACGAUUAGUCGUUAAGGCGGGUACAUCUAAUUCACCAUUUAAGAAAGAUGAGACUAGAGUUCUUAAAUUUGCAAUUGGUGAGGCAUCCAGCAUAAUAGUUGGUUGUUUAUGGUGGCUAAUUGGUACAGAACGAGGCGUGAAAAUUAUCCUGAUUAUUGGAGGUAUUGGAUUCUUUGGAUUAUGGUUGGUUAGAAAAUUAACAUGA